ACCCUCUAGCGGUACAAAGUUGUUUUCUGUAUGUUUAAUGCAGUUGCGGUGUGGUACGGGAAAGUAACGGUUUUGUUUUGGUGUUAAUUUUGUGACCCUCAGCAACGAUCUUUCUGUUACAGGUAGUUGCCUACGUUGUCUGGGAAAGGAACAGUAAUGCUAACUUUUACUUAAUAAAAAUAAUUCUGGAACGAAAAUAUAUGGAACAGAUUUAUUCCUGUGGCAACACUGAGUGCAAAUCAACCCGCGAUAGUGAUAGCUUGCAAUUUUUACUUAAAGGGAUCUGCAAAUUCGCAUGGAGAAUUUGAAGGAAUAGUUUGGAGGCAAGUUACAUAGCAGUCAUAGGGUUGAAAACUAUGAAAAAAACGUGUUUUUAUUCGGAAAGAUUGCCAGCAAGCUAAGUGGCUAAGUUAGUGCUAGAUGGCGUUGAAGACCCAGGAUUUGACCAAGGCUGAAGUGGUUAUCUUUUUUAACUUAUCAUGGAAGGAUGAACUCUAUCAAAUUCUAUCAUGGCCUCAUUAAAAGCUUUACAAGAAUGGUGUCGCACAUCAUGCGAAAACUACCGCAAUGUGGAGAUCAGGAAUUUAUCUACUUCAUUCAGAGAUGGACUUGCCUUUUGUGCCAUAAUCCACAAAUACCGACCGGAUUUAAUAGACUUCAACUCCCUCUCCAAGGAUAAUGUUUAUGAAAAUAACCACCUGGCAUUUGAGGUUGCAGAGUCAAAGCUUGGCAUCCCGGCACUGCUGGAUGCUACUGACAUGGUUUCCACGGAGGUGCCCGACCGGCUAAGCAUCAUUACCUACCUAUCCCAUUACUACUACUACUUCAACAAGAAGUCUCAUGAUUUUCAAGCCAGUUUGAAGACAUCAUCUGCUGCAGAGAGUUUUUGUCACUCUAAUCCACAACCUGAUUGUCCUGGAGGUUUGAAGCCAUCCAAGUCUAGGACAGGGGAACGAUCCAAAAAAGGCAGUGCAUGUAGUGUUUGUGCCUCCUGCUCAAAGCAUGUCCACCUGGUGCAGAGACAUCUUGCAGAGGGAAACUCUACCACCACAGCUGCCUUCAGAUGCAGUGUGUGCAGCAGCACUCUCUUACCAGGGUCUUACAAAGAGGGGACUGACGCUGGUUCUUUGGUCUGCAUCCAGCACUUGACAGCCAGUCAAAAUGUUUUCCCUGACUACGGUAAACAAACUGAAUCCACGGGAAACCACAAUGUCUCUCACGUUACUGGGAAAAUGGACUCAGGUGAGACAGUUGUUUGUGGAAGGAGACAGACAGACACAGAAGGAGAUGAGAGAAAGACAAGCCACAACACACUCAAGAAGCCCAGGCCACCUGAUCCUCCACAGCCCACUGCAGAAGAGAGUCCAGAUCCUGGUGGGCUCACGCUAACACCAGGAAGAGACUUGGCCUCUGGAAGCCCUGUGUGGCCAGUAGCUGCCCCCAGACGAGUGUUUGACUCCACCCCUCCUCGUCCUGCACCCAGGACUUGUCCACCUAAAGCCGCGGAGAGUCCAUCUGUUUUGGGUAAUCAAGUUGAUUGUAAAACCAAACCUAGUACUUUUCAAGGUGGGCCCUGUAAAACCAAAACCCCACCUUGGCUGGAACUUGUCCAGCCAGGGCCUUGGCCGAAGCUACCCCCUGCCCCACCUCCUAGAAUGCCAAAGCCCCCACGUUCAGGUUCUGUCCCCUCCCUCAGAGGGAGCUGGUACAGGUCAAAAGCACCCCCUCCGAAUCCCUUUGGGGAGUUGGAGGAUAAAGAUGAGGUCACUGCUGAUGACGACACUUCAUGCCCAGAACAGCCAAUGGCAACCAGCCAGACGUGGUGUGGUACCAGUCAGUUAGCUGAAGCUGCCGGCUCACAUUGUCAAGCUAAUUCAGAGGCUGUAUCCAGAGCUGACAAAUCUAAUCUUGAUGGAGAGGAUGACGUUGUAAUUGUGCCGGAAAGUACUGAUGCACCUAAGGUAGACAGUUUGGCUAAAACAGGAUGUGCACAUCUUGUAUCCAUUCUAGCUGCAGAAACCAGCUCAACUGGUAUAUCUGAGUCAGCUGAUAUUGAUGGAGUAGCUUAUAUGCCUGAAGCAGUUGGCGUUCUUGAUGCAUGUCAUUUUGCAGACACUGGAGGAUCAACCAACAAAGCAGCUAGUUCUCCUGUUUUGUCUAAUUUGACUGAAGCUGAAACAACAACUGUGUCUCACUUAGCUUACGGCGGUCCACAUGAAGCAACCAGGUCACUGGGUGUGUCUGACCCAGCUGGAUCUGGUGGCCUAAGGACAUUAGUUGGGGCGAUUAGUUUGUCCACCACAUGUAAUUUAUCUGAACAGGCUAGUUCAUAUGGUGUUUCUGAAGAUUCUGACAGUUCACUUAAUCUAUCUAGUUUAGCCAGAGAGGACGGCACAGGCAGUGUAACUGGAGAGCCAAGUGUGCUUCGUAAAUCAGAUAUAGCCCACAGCCUCACGUUGCUCAAGAGUGUGUCCGUGCCAGAAAUCUCCAAUAGUCUCAGUUUCCCCUGCGCUAAAAGCAACUCCCCACCUACAUGGUCAACCAAUUGUGCGGGAGCCAGUUCCUCCUUACAAAGACCCCCGUCACUUCCUGGUGUGCCUGAAAGGAGUGUCCCUGGCCAGGCACCCAUCAUCUCUCGCAGUAAGCAGGUGUGCAAGGAGAACCCUGUCAAUCAAAAGGUCUCCCUCACUGAGUAUUCAAAAUCCAAGCCCGCCCCCGGGCAUGGCUUCCCCCUCAUUAAGAGGAAGGUGCAGACCGACGCCUGUGUCCCUGGGGAGCAGCUGCAGGUGGAGAUGGAGGAGGUGAGAAAACGAAUGGACAGGCUGGAGCAAAGAGGAGUGCAGAUGGAGAACAACUUGAGAGACUUCCAGAAUGGCCUGCGUGUCUGUAAUUACCACGAGGAGGAGGACAUGUGGGCGGACUGGUUCACGCUGAUACACGAGAAACACAUGCUUGUGCGGAGGGACGCCGAGCUGGUAUACAUGGCCAAGCAACAACACUUAGAGGAGAGACAAGCAGACGUGGAAUAUGAACUGAGAUGUCUCCUCAAUAAACCAGAGUCUGAGUGGAGUGGUGUCGAUCGUAGUCGGGAGCAACAGCUGAUGGAGGAGCUCGUCACCAUCAUUGAACAGAGGAACCAGAUCGUCAACAGUUUGGAUCUGGACAGGCAGAGAGAAAAAGAAGAAGAUAUGCUGUUGGCAGACAUGCUUAAGAAGAAAGAUUUCCAUAAAGAGGCUGGGAAAGACCUGAAGACGUUAAGAGCAAAGUUCAAGCCCAUUAAGCUGCUGAAGAUGCUAAGUCAAAAAAACUUUAAGAGCAAAGACUCUCAGAAGAAGAGCUAAGUGAGAGACAAACUCACCUUCCCAUUAGGAAGGUAUAGAAAUAGGUCUGUUUAGAAGCAAAUGCAACUUAAGCCGAAGCCUUAUGCCUCGUAAUAUUGUGAGGAAUUAAUGAGGAUUACAGGUAGAUAUGGAGAAACUCUUAGACUGUGGAGUGGAGUAAAUUACAAUCAAAUAAGCCUAUCAUACAGUAUACAGAGAUAUUUUGUCCCAGGUGAGAAAAAAAAAUCCACAUCACACAUCAAAGUAUAGACAGCACUUUUUGCACACAAUACACUUGGUCCAGCAGUCAGCCAAGCCUCAGUGGGUAUACUGUAUUUGAAUGCAUUCAUUGUUAAACUUGAAAUGUAUGUU